AGACGUAUCCUUUAUGUAUAGGCUAUUUAUUGCUUUUUAAAACAAUAUUUGUUUAUUUUUUAAAGAGAUUUGAUGACAAAAUACGGCGAACAAUUAAUAAAGAUUGAUUAUAAGUGGGGGAAGAUGCUAACAUAUGAGACUGGGACUGGAAAAAAAAGUUAUGCAAAAUCUCAUAAACAAAAAACAUAAUUAUAGGCUUUCUUUGUUACCAGCAAAUACAAACAUAGAAGUCGAUAGCAUUAAAGGCACUGCAAACAUUAUAAAGAUACAAACGCUUUUCCCGCCGCUGAGAGGACGGCGCUCAGCUGUCCGUUUGUUUUCGUGCGCUUCAACUCGGUUUCGACACCACGACGUGAACAGAACAAGUGCUCUGACGGGGAAAGUGGACCGGUUCGGUGGAGUGACAGUGAACCUGGCUGAGCUCGGUUUACCGGCGGACAUCAGCGAAAGCUCAUUCAGCAGACUGCUUCAAGAUUCUUUGCUCCAGUGGAAAGCAGAAGGGAAAGCUGCAGUGUGGCUUCGAGUGCCCAUCUCGCUGAGUCGAUGUGCUGCCGCCGCCUCCACUCACGGCUUCACCUUCCAUCACGCCAAAGGCGACCAUGCUGUGUUGGCCCUCUGGCUGCGAGAAGGCCAAAGCAGGCUGCCAGGCUUUGCAACUCACCAAAUAGGAGUGGCAGGUGCAGUUGUUGAUGAAUCCAAUGGAAAAGUUCUUGUUGUCCAAGACAGAAAUAAGACAAAAAAUGCUUGGAAGUUCCCUGGUGGCUUGUCUGAUCCAGGAGAAAAUAUUGGUGCCACUGCCGUUCGUGAAGUCUUCGAGGAAACCGGCGUUCACUCCGAGUUCAGGUCUCUGCUCAGCAUCCGGCAGCAGCACAACCACCCCGGCGCCUUCGGCAUGUCGGACAUGUACAUCAUCUGCCGACUCAGCCCGCUCACCUAUGACAUCAACUUCUGCACUCAGGAGUGUCUGCGCUGUGAGUGGCUGGACCUCGCCGAGCUGGCCAAGACCAACGAUACCACGCCCAUCACCUCUCGCAUAGCUAAGCUUCUGCUUCACGGCCUGAAGCAGGGAUUCCACAACAUCGACCUCACUAUGGAGGAGCUUGCUGCUGUCUACUCUGGGAUGUUUUACCAGCUGUACCACAGACAGCUUCCUCCCACACUAAAAUCCUAGCAGACCAUCAUCAACCUGAUGGGGUUUGCAUCCUACUGUUAGCUAUGUUGACACUAAUAUUUAAAGUGUAUUUAUGAUUGCAGUGUGUUUCACACCGUUGAAGAAAUAUGGUGCAAUGCUGUGGACCACAACGUUCACUUUUGGUUUUUAAAGAAAUUAUGCCAAUGGGUCAUCUUAAAGUCUGAAGUUUGAUACGUUUAUUUAGCAUGUUUUGGUGGCCAUGUUAGCUGUUGGGCAGUAGCAGCUGUGAGCAGCUGAUUUCAAAGGUACGGAUAUAAAUUAAUAACUGAACAUGAUUAUAUGACCAGUCUUAGCUAGCCAUAUAUUGGCAGUGGGUACCAGCUGCAAUAUUAAUAUUGGCUGCCUACUGACUGAAAAUGAACUUUAUGUGAACUUUUUGGUUGCCUUUUUGUUGUUGAAUUAAACAUCAGUCACAAUAAUUAUCUUCAGUUUAUAAGUUAUGCUCCAGUGCCAUGCAACGUUUUGAAGUCUCAAAAUGAUACAAAAAGGGAGCAUAGUUUUCUCAGAAAACAAAGACAAGCUAAGGAAAUCAGUCAAGUGUGCCACGGAAUUGUGUAGUGUGAAAAAAUUGGGGCAAAAAAAUUGGUUUUGAUUUUAGUGUGCGUCUUUUUGAGAUCAGGAAUUCUAAAAUUCAGGUAUUUCAUUCAAUCCCUUCUUCAAGUUAUCAUAUUGUAGGAUCUGAGUGCAUUUCCAUAAACCCUUUUUAAUAUAGGAGACAUAUUUUAAUAGAAUAUUCUUAAUAUGCCUGACAUCUCGCAGUGUCCCCAAGGUGAGCCGCCUUGUGAUCAAAAAGUUGCUGCUUUGAAUCCCUCAGCCAGGGAGGGAAGGUCUGCAUAGG